UAGACGCCGGUGGCUGGUUGUGGUGGAAGUGUCUUUGUGACUGAACAUCAGAAUAGAGCAGGCGGAUGAUAUCCACCGGCUGAUCUGUAGAGGCAGAAUGGAGUUCUAUCCUCCAGAAAAAGAAGGGAUGAUGGAGGCUUGGCUUGACGACAACCUAGAGUUCGCACAUUCUUAUUUUGUACGAAAGGCUUCUCGGGAAAUGGUAAACGCAUGGUUUGCUGAACGUGUCCACUCCAUUCAGCCAUCUAGGGAAGCAUCAAAAGCUCUGCCAGAAACUUUAUCGGCCUUCCAUCCACUGGGUCCAACUGAUGCACCUUCUCCAAGUCCAGCUCCAUCCACCCCUACACGAAAGAUCUCUGCAUCUGAGUUUGAUAGGCCACUUCGCCCCAUUGUUGUGAAAGACGCUGAGGGUUCGCUUACUUUUCUUAGUGAUACAGAAAGGGUGCAAAUGCCACUUCCUCCUCCCCAGCGGCCUGGCUCAGGCAGUGGGACAGAUGAGGGUGGAGGCAUUAUGGACUCAGGAGUUCGUGAAAACGGGGACCGCUGUGCUCGUCUGUUGGAGCUUGUACGUGAUGUUUCAAGUCACUUGGACCUUACUGUCCUCUGCCACAGGAUCUUCUUACACACUCACGAGUUGAUAGCAGCAGAUCGCUAUUCGUUGUUCUUGGUUGGAGAGGACAGUUCAAACAGGAAGUUCCUGGUUAGCCGGCUAUUUGAUGUUGCAGAAGGAUCCACUCUUGAGGAGGCUUCCAACAGUGGUAUUCGCCUAGAAUGGAACAAAGGAAUUGUGGGGUAUGUGGCAGCCACUGGACAGCCUCUGAACAUCAAGAAUGCAUAUGAGGAUCCACGUUUUAAUGCAGAGGUGGACCAAAUUACAGGAUAUAAGACUCAGAGCAUCUUGUGUUUACCCAUCAAAAAUCACAGAGAUGAGGUUGUUGGAGUAGCACAAGCAAUCAAUAAAAGGUGUGGAGAGAACAGUGCCUUCACAGAACAGGAUGAGAGGGACUUUUCCUCGUACCUGGCUUUCUCUGGCAUAGUGCUACACAAUGCACAACUCUAUGAGACAUCACAGCUGGAGAACAGGCGAAACCAGGUGUUGUUGGAUCUGGCUAGUCUGAUCUUUGAAGAGCAGCAGUCUUUGGAGGUCUUACUGAGGAAAACCGUGGCUACCAUCUUGUCUUUCAUGCAGGCCCAAGAAUGUACUGUCUUCAUAUCUGACAGGGAAACAGCUAACACAUUCUCCAGUGUGUUUCACAUGGAAUAUGAGGAGCUUGCAGGAUCCAUGGACUUCCCAAACAGAGAAUGCGAUGUCAAUAAGAUUAACUAUAUGUAUGCCCAGUAUGUCAAGAACACUAUGGAGACACUGAACAUUGCAGAUGUCACCAAAGACCAGCAAUUUCCAUGGACAAGUGAAAAUCUACAAUCCUCAAACUGUCAAAUUAAAAGUCUACUGUGCACGCCAAUAAGGAAUGGGAAAAAAGACAAAGUGAUAGGUGUCUGCCAGUUGGUCAAUAAGAUGGAUGAAGUUUCAGGCGAGGUAAAAGCCUUUAAUAGGAAUGAUGAGCAGUUUCUAGAGGCCUUUGCUAUAUUUUGCGGGCUGGGAAUCCAGAACACACAGAUGUACGAAGCAGUGGAAAGAGCAAUGGCUAAGCAAGAGGUCACACUUGAGGUCCUCUCUUAUCAUGCCUCGGCUGCAGAGGAAGAGACGCGGGCGCUCCAGGUAACUGCGGCGGCUACGAUUCCCUCUGCUCAAUCUCUCAGACUGCUGGACUUCAGCUUCAGUGAUUUUGACCUGACGGAUGCUGAGACGACCCAAGCAACCAUCCGCAUGUUUGUGGACCUUAAGCUUGUGCAGAAUUUUCAGAUGAAGUACAAGAGUCUGUGUCAGUGGAUCUUAAGCGUAAAGAAGAACUACAGGAAGAAUGUGGUUUACCACAACUGGCGACAUGCCUUCAACACUUCCCAGUGCAUGUUUGCUGUGCUGAAGUCUGGGCGGUUUCAGAGUAAUCUGAGCGAUUUGGAGGUUUUAGCUUUAAUGAUUGCAACGCUGAGCCAUGAUUUGGACCACAGAGGUGUCAACAACUCCUACAUCAAAAGAAGUGACCAUCCCUUGGCCCAGCUGUACUGCCACUCCACAAUGGAGCACCACCAUUUUGACCAGUGUCUUAUGAUACUCAACAGUCCAGGUAAUCAGAUUCUGAGCGGUCUGUCUCUGGAUGAGUACAAGGCAACAUUGAAGAUGAUUGAGAAGGCUAUUUUGGCCACUGACCUGGCUCUCUACAUGAAGAAAAGAACAGAAUUCUUUGAGCUGGCUAAGAACAGUCAGUUUGUAUGGGAGGACGAUUAUCACAGAGAUCUGCUAAAGUCGAUGCUGAUGACAGCAUGUGAUAUCUCUGCUAUUACAAAACCCUGGCCAGUACAGAAGAAGAUAGCAGAAUUGGUUGCCACAGAGUUCUUUGAACAAGGUGAUAAGGAGCGGCGAGAGCUAAACAUUGAACCUAUUGAUCUGAUGAACAGGGAGAAACAGGAUAAAAUUCCCAGCAUGCAAGUGUCUUUUAUUGAUGCCAUUUGUACACAGUUAUACGAGGCACUGACAGGUUUCUCAGAGUACUGCUCCCCCCUGCUGGAAGGUUGUAGAACGAACAGACAGAAUUGGAAGCUGCUUGCCGAGCGAGGAGAGGAAGCUUUGCUUAAUGGAUGACUGUAACUUUUCUUUUGGAAUGCAGAUGUCCUUGGACUACUCAAAUCUUUCCCUGCCCCUUUCCCAGAGACUAAAGGAUUACAAGAC